UUUUUUUUUCAGCACUAUAGUUCUACAAAUACGAAAUACUUAACACACGCCAAACAUAAAAAACCUUUUUCGAUUUCGUUUUCGCAUGCCAAAGCUGAAUUCACGCUCCCUGUACGUAUGGGGCUCGUUAUUCUGCCUGCCAUUACUGGUCGCUUUGCUCAUUCUUAGCUUACCGCUAUGUAUAUUUGCCAUUGGCGCUGCAUACUUUUUGGCUUGGUCAAUCUACUUGCUGGAAGCACAGCGAGAUUCCAAGUUUAAUUUACCCUACGAUCCUAUUCGAGUCGCCAAGGUUAACAUUGCCCUAUUCCACUUGAUCCUUGGUUGGAUAACAGACUUGCCCCGCAUCGCAGCAUAUCUUCACUGGCGAUACUUUGAGGUGCAAGAUACUUUUAGACAGUUGGUUAGUCGCAACGUCGAAUACUCGGACGCACACUCUUCAUGCUUACUAGACGUAUACCACCCGGAACGAACAAUUGAAUCGAAACCACCCAUCAUCAUCUUUAUUCAUGGCGGCUCAUGGUCCUCGGGAUCUAAGUUGCUGUAUACUCCCUUUGCAAAUACACUUCGCGAACUUGGAUACGUGGUGGUGGUACCGGAUUACCGGAAAUACCCUCAAGUCAAAGUGGAUUCUAUCUAUGACGAUGUUCGUCAAGCUCUGCUAUGGACCUAUGCCAAUGCCGAUGAGAUCAAUGGGGAUCGAGAAAAGAUUUAUUUGAUGGGUCAUAGCGCUGGUGGCCAUUUGUGUGCACAAGUUAUCCUGAAAAAUGCAAUAGAUGUCGCAAAGAAACAGAGCAUCCAGGAACCGUUGCCACGUGUAAAGGGCUUAUUAUUGGUUGCCGGUGUUUACUCGAUCGAACGGCACUUGCUGACGGAACAACGACGAGGUGUUGAAAAGAUCUCGGCGAUGACACGUGUGAUGGGUAAAACUCUGGAAAACUUUCGAGUCAACUCGCCCAUCGAUCUUGUCGAAACAAACGAAGAGUUGUUUGUUGAGUCGGAUGAUCUUUUGAAAAAUAUCCCACGGAUCAUGCUGGUACAUGGAGAAAAGGACACUACUGUUCUUUCCGAACAAUCAGUGGAUAUGUACAAUGCGUUUGGCCAGGUACUGCCACCCGAGCGUAGAGACGAUGUAGAUGUUCGGAUUCGGAUCCAUAAGCGGUUGAAGCAUGCUCAAUGCGUUACAGCAUUUAUGCCCAGCUUGCUUGGUGAAGAUCGGUUGAAAAAAUCACUUAUAAAAGAUAUCCAAGAAUUCGUGGGCAAUCCGCAUACUGAAGAGUAAUCGUCUUUAUUCUCAUCAUUUUUGCUUUGCACUUGUAAUUUUACUAUUAUCAUUGUACGUUAUAGAUCUUUCCUCGUAUAAAAUUAAAAGAAUAGAAUGCAUCAUCUCAUGAUAUCAAACCAUAUCCAGAUGAACACUGCAGUUCAUCCAUGUCGAUGAUCCCUUAGAUAUCAAGAAAGAGCACCGUUUUUAACAUUUGUG